AUUUAGAGCAUGUUUUACUUAGAUUUGGAUUUUCACAGAGGGUUAUUAAUCUUCUGUUGGGAAAUUUGAGAUCAACUUUCUUCUCAGUUUUGGUUAAUGGUCAGCCUAAAGGUUUCUUCCCUAUGAAAUGUGGAGUUAAGCAGGGUGAUCCACUGUCUCCUCUUCUUUUUAUUUUGGCCAUGGAGGGAUUUACCAGGCUAUAAAUUUUAAUAAAAGCUAGGUGAUUGUCCAUGAUAAAAUGAGGCAGGAGCACAAAGCCAAGAUUAGAAGCAUCCUUGGCAUCAGAUGUCAUACCAGGGAGUUCACAUACCUUGGUUCUGUCAUUGUUAAGGGAAAGCUCGGGAAGAUCCAUUGCCAAGGGUUGCUCCAGAAGUUUGAGAGGAGAAUUGCAGCUUGGUAUAGUAGAAAGCUAAAUCAGAUGGGGAGAUUGAUUUUGAUCAAAUAUGUGUUGUCAUCCAUUCCUUUACAUAUUUUGGUUGUGCAAGAGAUUCCCAGGUCUAUUGUUAAGUGUCUUCAUAUGCUUAUGGCUAACUUUUUCUGGGGUGCUAGAGAUAUGGGACACAAAUACCAUUGGAGGAAGUGGGAGAAGCUUUGUUUCCCUUUGCUAGAGGGGGGUCUAGGGGUGAGGGAUCUUGGUAAUUGUCAAAGGGCUGCUGCUAUGGACUUGUGGUGGAAGAUCAAGGGAGAGUCAUAUGGUCUGAUGGUGUUUAUUCCUUUGGGAAGGUUUAUGCUCAGUCCUUUGAUCAUAAACCUAAGCAGCUGUCUUGCUGUUAUAUUUGGGAUCAAAGGAAUAUUCACAAAGGAGAUCUCUGGCCUCUGGUGUACAUAUGCUGCAGUAGCUAAAGCUCCCAUUGCAGCCAGGCCUUGGACUUUCCAACAGCAGCUUCUCAGCUGGUGGUUCUCCUUGAAUAAAAACAGCAUUUUGGGCAAUGUUAGGUUAGAGGAGGCUCCAUUAAGGAAAAUGAUGAGAUCAUCAGCAAAGGCUAGUGCUCUAGUGAAGCCUUCAGAGGCUAUGAUGAAGAGUAGAGGGGAUAAUGGGUCACCUUGUUUGAGUCCUCUGGUGGGGGAGAAGGGUUUAGUGGAUUUGCCAUUAAAGUUGAUUGCAAUUCUGGUGUUGGAGACAAUAUUGUUGAUGAGCAUAAUGAACCUGGGACUGAAUCCAAAAGCCUCCAAAAUAUCCUUUAGGGCUAAUGAUUUUGGGAAGGAUAAUGGAGAGUCUGUUGACCAGGAUCUUGGAGAAGGUUUUGCUGACGAAGUUGGAGAGACAGAUGGGUUCAGCAGUGAACAAGUUAUGAAAGAAGUGAAGGGCUUCAUCAGAGAUGUCCUUCCAGGAGGGAAGAAAGGAGUUGUGGGAGGACCAGCAGUUAAGGAAUUUGAAGGGAGAUGGCCCAGAGAAGUUGGUAGAUUGGAUUUUAAGCAAGAUGGGGGAGUGAUCACUGUUACCUCUAGGGAGAUGAAAGGAAUUGAUCUGAAGGUUGAGGUCCUGGAUAGUGGAGUUGUAGAAAAUUCUGUCUAUCCUUCUCCAUACUUUACCAAGGCUUCUGUUCCCAAACCAAAAACGGUGGCAUCUAGCUUCAUGCCUCAGCAGAACGCUGGGCAAUCGAAUGCACCGCUGAAUGCUGGGAGCAACCAGAAUAUCGAGAACCUGCUCGAUGUUGCCAUGCCUGCUUUCAUGGCUGAGUUCCUGCAACACAUGGCGAACGCGCCAAUGUUUCAACUGCCUCCGCCGCCGCAACGACAAAUCACGUUCAAGACCUUGAAGGAGAACAGAGCUGAAGAGUUCCUUGGUGAUUGAGUGGCCGAACCCCAAGUGGCACUCGACUGGAUCGAUCAAGUUUCUAGAGUGCUGAAUGAUCUGAACGUGCCAAUAGGAGAUCACCCAAAGCUGGCCUCUCAACUGCUCCGAAAGGGCGCAUACGAAUGGUGGAAGCGUACCGAUAGUGAGCCAUAAACACCAAAGUCGUGG